AUGGAUGUCCCAUCUUUCGCUGCUUUUCAGUCUUCGACCCGGCAGGCCCGGGGCGCAGCGCUUAAUACCAUUAAAGAAGAGUCGGAGUAUGGCACACUCAGUGACAGCGAUGGCUCAGGAUCAGGGUCGGGUUCUGGAAGUGAUGGAACAGUAAUCGGGAAACCUGCGGGCUGGAACCCCAGGAUGUAUGUGGCAGCGCCACGCAAGACAAGCAAACUCUCCUAUGUUACCUCUUCGUCACCCGUCUCCUCGGCCGGCACAUCUCCUCACACCGACAACAAUGAGGACUUCGACCGCCGGCGGCGGAGCUCUAACCCUCCCAGCGAGAGCGGUACCAUCUUCAGCGAAGAAAGCUGUCCCUCGUUGGCGAGUGACCCCACUACCUUCGUCACCAACUCUAGCCGAAAUAGCGUGGCAAGCAGCACAAAGUCGGCCAGAAACCGCUAUCCUGCACUGCUAAUUCCUCGAGGAUCGUGGCAAGACCCUGUCAAGGAGGUGGCACUGGGUAUGUCACCCACUGCCAAAUUCGUCCUCUCGCCUGAGGCCUUAUCUACACUCUCCAGACAACUCCCAGCCGACAAUGCCCCGCCAUCACUGGGGAGCAGCAGCGCCGCUUCACAGUCGCCUUGUCUGCCCGGCCUCAGUCUCCCGGGAACUCCCGAUAGCCGACAGCUUGAUGUUGUCGAAGGUGAGGCUUGGGGUCAGCCAGAAAAUAUCACUAGUAAUCCGCUGGAAAUUACUGUUGACGAAGAGCACAGUAUAAUGCUCUCCCCACAGGAGGCCCAUGGCCCCCGCUCGGCGAUCCCUCUCCCGGCCGGCCUUUAUCAAUCACUACCCUCCGCAAGAGAGCGUGAGUGGGGAGAAAUGGUUACUAGAUUUCCCACCAUUCCCGGUGCAACGCCUCAAUCUAAUGAUAGCCCUUUCCCAAUGCUGAAGGGGACUCGCAAAGAUAUGCUGCGGACCGAGUCAGGGUCUGGAAGUGAGUCCGGCGUCAUGCUUCCCGGAGACGCUCUGCGCACUUUGCAAAGGAUCACGAGGGCGAUAAGCCCAGAUGAGCUCUCUGACUGCUCAAAAUCACUACGUGAUCAGGAAAUGCGAGAGCGGUCGGAAGGUGGCAGCUACGCCAGUCGCCGCAGGAGUCUAGAUGACAUGACUCCGGCCACUGAGGGCAGCUUCGCUAAACUGUCCGAGUAUAGCUUCACUCAACUCAGCAUUCCAUCGCCAGGUGGCUUCUUCUCUUCUCUCCAAGCAGGUAGUCGCCAGACUUGGUGCAUGAACAGAUCGGUCAACAACAGCGUUCCGACAUCCGCCGUUGCCGAGAAGUUCUACUAUGACUGGACUUCACGCGGAGAGAUCAGGGAGUCUACUGUAACAGUGGCAGACAGCAGCAGCACUGAUGGUCCGCCAACAGCACGUCAGCCAGUCUUCAAUAUCGAUUCCACGAAGGCCGGUGCAAAUGGCUCUCAUCCCGCCGGCGCUUCUCACGACCGAAACAGUAGCGUUAGCACAUCUAGCGAAGACGCUGACAUGUACGGACCCGGAGAUGAUGGGCCAACCUUUGCAGCUCCUACACCGAUCGAGUACGAAGAAGCCUACGAGGAGGAACUAAAGCAGGCGGGAGAACAAAAUCUGGGUAGGACCAGUAACUGGCUUGCUGCUCAGACGUCUUAUCUGUCGGCUCUGCGUGAGACGAAUCCCGUCAAUGACCCGGCGGACUAUGCACCUUCGCCUUCGCCUUUUCACGUGGAAGACGACAAUCCGCCCCGUCGUGCCUCGAUUGAGUCCCAAAUCCGCAAGACUGUACGCUUCCUGGAAGAGGCUAAGACGGUUGGCGAACCUGCGGGCGGAAGCCUCCAAUCUAGCGGCAACAGCUCCCCAAACGAGCAGGAUGAGAGAAACCCUGUCUUCCAUGCCGCUUUCUCACAUUUUGUCAAAAAUAUCGGAGAAAAGGACGCCUUCCUGGCCGCUGGGACACGUCUCGACGGAGUCAGAGCUAACCGCAUCGCCAAUCCUUCGAGGCAUAUCGAUAGCCUCUUCGGCCGCAUGAAUAUCGAGGUUGCCGCACGGCCGAAGUAUUCGGGACCGUUCGCCCAGAAUCCUCGCGCUACUGGUAUCUUCGAGCGGACCGAGGCUUCUCUCGCCUACGAGGUCGCCGAGCGCGAGCAACGCGCCAUGGCAUGCAUUCAAGCCUCUGCAUGGCAAGUCGAAGCCCUCCGCGCGACCUAUAACGGCCGUCUAUUUGCAUCCCGUGUGGCGGACGAGCGCCUCAAAUUGAAAGCCACUCUCCCUCUCAGCGACCCUGCCUGUAUCGGUAACAAGCGCAUUCGCGUCCUUGAUCUGGGCGGCGAGUCCAAUGCCUCCUGGGGCUGGUCUGCCGCGCACGAAUUCCCAAACGUCAAGGUCUACACCGUACUCACCAAAACACAAGCCGCCUGUCAACGGCCGCCUGGUGAACCCAAACCUGAAGCUCCGGAGAACCACCGCACCGUCAGCGUCCCACACCUCUGGCAGCUACCGUUCAAGAACAAUCACUUCGACAUGAUCAGCGCACGCAGUCUACACGCACUGUUGAAGGCCAACCCGGUGCCAGGCGCGCCUGAGAUCGACGAAUGGACCAUGACACUCAAGGAGUGCAUGCGCAUCCUUAAGCCGGGCGGCUACAUUGACUUUAUCGUCAUGGAUUCGAGUGUUGCGCGCGCCGGGCCACGCGGCGAGGCACUCAGCGUCGAGUUCGGCUUCGACCUGCACCGUCGCGGUUACGAGCGUGAACCCGCACGGUCAUGGCUACGGCGGCUGAAGAAAGAAGGCUUUGUCGCCACAAAGCGCGCGUGGAUGUUCUGGCCUAUGGGCAGGAGGCCAGAUGCGGGCGAGGCGGACCAGGGCGCGAGGGCGUUCAUACCGGCCCCGCGACCGGUCAGUGAGGUGUCGACCAUUAGCAAGAUUGUCAAGCAGUAUAUGGAUGUGGAGGCGGUGCAGGGGCCGGUCGGAAGCACGCAGGAUGCUGCGGACAUUACGGGGUUGUUGGGAACGAGGAUGUAUGAAGAGUGGUUAGUCAAGGUGAGGAAGGAGGCUGGGAGGGAAGAUGUGAGGUUGUUAGAGGGCAUUGACGAAGUGUUGGAAGAGGGGAAGAGCAACGGUGGUGGGUUCCGGGUGUUAGUUGGCUGGGCGAGGAAGCCGAGGCCUGCCAGCAAAGCACCGGAGAUGGAGGAGAAGGGAAGAGAGGUGUCUCCUGUCAACAAGAACUCGCCGCUGAAGGAGGUCAUCACAAUCGCGAUCGGUGGUGAUGUGAAGGGGGACGCGGGCAACCCACUGUCUGCAGAGUCGAGAGAAGGUGAGAUUCCUAUGAUGAUGGUUGCAUAA